AUGCUAUCGAUGUCCAACAUGGCGGCGUUGCCGGCGACGAUCGCGCCGACCAGCACGCCUCCGCGCACAGCCUUUGUCUUUGGCUGGGACAACUUUCUCUGCCCCUCGACGUGGCUGCACCAGACGCUCGCGAUCCAUCCGAACCAGCUCCAGCACCCGGUGCUGCGCCAGCAGCUCGCGGUUCUCGACACGUACAUUGUAGCGCUCCUCACGCAGGCGCGCGCGAUGGGCCCCGUCUUCGUCGUCUGCGACUCGACGAACGAUACGCAAUCGAUGUGCCAGACGUACCUGCCGCAGUGCAUGGGCCUUUUCCUGUCGACCGACGUCCGCGUUAUCGCUGGCAACGACGGCCACAACGCGCUCGACGUCAUCUGCGCCAACCAUCUCGGCAUCUCGACGAGCAUGUUUGCGCCCCAGAGCACGCUGGCGGUGCUCGGCCUUCCGCAUCUGCGCGAGACGUGCUUUCGCAUGGCGUACCGCGAUCUUGUCGUUAACAAGGUCGUGUGCAGCGCUCGACCGUCGCCGACCGUCGACGACGCCUGCCAUCAACUACAGCUCAUGGGCAGCGGCCUCCUCGGCGUCGUCGCCCACCACACGUCUGCGCUCGACAUGGUGCUUUAG